AGGGCAACGAGGGGAGUGUGAAAACGAACGACAGUGCCUGCGGUAACGCCAUAACCACGAGAGAUGCAGCAACAACCGCACUCUGGCCAGCAACCGUCCGGGGCGCCGAACGGGGGCGGGGGCGCCCAAUUGCCACAAACAGGUGGCAUAAGUCCGGCGCAACCUGGCGCGACCGGUACCACCGCCAAUCGCGCCCAGAUUAACGGGGGUAGAUUCGACUUCGACGAUGGUGGGACCUACUGCGGCGGCUGGGAAGAUGGGAAGGCCCAUGGCCACGGCGUGUGCACCGGGCCCAAGGGUCAGGGCGCCUAUUCUGGCAGUUGGCACUUCGGCUUCGAGGUGUCCGGCGUCUACACCUGGCCUAGCGGGUCAGCCUACGAGGGACAAUGGCAGAACGGCAAGAGGCACGGUUUGGGUAUGGAGACUCGUGGCCGAUGGCUCUAUCGGGGAGAAUGGACUCAGGGAUUCAAGGGUCGUUAUGGGGUUCGACAAUCUACUACCUCCACAGCGAGAUACGAAGGCACGUGGUCCAGCGGUCUGCAAGAUGGUUACGGUUCCGAGACUUACGCCGAUAGCGGUACUUAUCAAGGCCAAUGGCUCCGCGGCAUGCGGCAUGGAUACGGGGUGAGGGCGAGCGCGCCAUUUGGCUUGGCGAGCCAUUACAAACCAGCGAAACAAGUGAGAGCAUCCCUGACGUCGUUAAGAAGCGCCGACGGAGGACCAGCGGUCGCCCCGACGCCGGAACCCACCGACAGGAGGGAUCGACGCGUGGACGAUAGUCGGGGGGGUUUCGUCCUAAAAGCUAGGAGCGACGAUCCACCCGCCCGGAGAAAAAGCCUCACCGAAAAAUCCCUGAAGAAAGGCAUUCUCUCGGGUCUCAAGAUACGAAAGCAGAGGAGUACGGGGGAUUUGGAGAAGCGCGGUACCGGUGGUAGUAUCAGGAGUAAUGCCAGCUCGGCGUCGUGGAUGUCAACCGAGAGCUCGCAAAGUCAAGCCUCGGCGUCGGUUCACACAGACAGUAAUGCGUCCUUUGUCAUCGAGGACGAACAGAUGGAUGCGUCGGUAACCGAGACCUAUCUGGGCGAAUGGAAAAACGACAAGAGAACCGGCUUUGGCAUAUCCGAGAGGAGCGACGGGUUGCGAUAUGAAGGCGAAUGGUUCAACAAUCGCAAGUACGGCUACGGCGUCACCACGCUCCGUGACGGCAGCAAGGAGGAGGGAAAGUACAAGAACAACGUGCUCAUCACCAGCCAAAAAAAGAAGCAUCUCUUCCUGAUCAGGUCCGCCAAGUUUCGCGAGAGGAUAGAGGCAGCGGUGAACGCAGCUCAACGGGCGAGCAAGAUCGCCCUGCAAAAGGCCGACAUCGCUAUCUCCAGGACGGCGACGGCGCGGGGAAAGGCGGAGCUGGCCGACAUCGCCGCGGAACACGCUAGAGAGGACUCCGAGUUGGCCCAGCAAACGGCGAGACAGUUCGCUCCGGACUUCCGGCAGCCGGGCUUGGAAAGAUUGCGGAACAGAGAGAUACCCAAGUACGUGCCGCCACCGCAGGACUCGGUGCCGGGCAAGAGUAUUCUGCACAAGGCGGCUAGCGUAGACCAGCCCGGCGGCGCCACGCCGAUCAAGAGCGUCUCGUCGACCGUCGACUUCACAACGACGACGACAACGACAAUGACGAACGCGACGCCAGCGUCCGCGGCGAACAACACCGUCGGCAACGUGAUGCAGUCGAUACGCAGGCCCAGUAUGAAGCCGCUGCCGCAGAAUCAGCUGCCGCCCAUGCAAAACCAGAUACCGAAUCAAGUGCCGCUGACGAACCAGCAGGCGACCAUGAACCAGCUGAACGCGCAGCAGACGUCGCUAACCGCUCAGAAUCCGUACCAGCAGUAUUCGUAUCAGCAGCACAACGUAUCGCAGAAUCCGGCUCCGAUGGGCCAAUACCCGAACAGUAUAUCGAAUCAAUACCAACCGAAUCAGUACAGUCAGCAGCAUCAGUUCGUGCAGAACAGUCCGUACCAGUAUCAGUCGACUAAUCCAUCUCAGGUUGAGCAAUAUCCUAGUUAUCAGCAGCCACAGCAACAACAACAACAACAACAACAACAGCAACAAACUAUGGGGUCGCAUGACUUCCAAAAUUUGCAGGCUUAUCCCAGUCAGCAGACGGCAAUACCCAAUCAAUAUGGACUUGGCCAGACGAAUCAGUACAAUUCGCAAUCGAUGUACGCGCAGCAACAAACGCACCCCUCGCAACAAUACCAGCCUGAUAGUAUCAUGGAUGCAGCGAGACCACCGAGCUCCACGAGUUUACGAAGAAACAGUAGAGUCCUGAGUCCUCAAGACCGACCUGGCACGAUCGGUCAAACGCUAAACGACAGGUUGGAUCAUUACAAGAGGCCACCUAGUCGCGACAGUUCCGUAGAUCGUUAUGGCAGAGCGCAUUCUCGAUUGACUGGAUCGAGACAACCAUCUGUCGACAAAACCAUAUCGAACCCAUCCUCGGACAUGCUCGACAGGUCGACAAGAGCCCCGAGUGCGAUACGAGGAGGGACGCCGCUGAACGGUUCCGUGAUAGGCAGCGGCGCCGCGACGCCGACGUACGUGGCACCAACUCCCAGUCAGUUCGAGGGGGCUCUUAUAAAAAAUCGUGGCCUUGGACAGGACAUUCUGCCGAGUCCUGGGCAGCCUAAACGCACCGAGAGCCUCUACGUGGCUCAGACUCGUGGACCGUCCGGUGGUGGCGGCGGCGGCGGCGGCGGCGGCGGCGGCGGCGGCGGCGGUGGCGGCAUUGUUCCGAAGGAAGCAGGCCGGACGGUCCCCGCCUUCACCGCAACGUCAAAGGGCCGCGCAACCCUAUGAGUAUAAGUAUAAAAUAUGUAUAAAGAGCGAUGUUAUGCUAUAGCCGUUGGCAAGAAAGAGCGCAGCUUUCGAGAGGCUCGCGUCGCGUCGCAUUUCGAGCAGAGUCGGAAAAACGAAAAAUCCGCGCAAAUUCCAAUCGCCGUUUUUUCCGCCCAGGCGCGCCCCGGCGUCGAGCAGUCCAGAAUGAAUCAAGUUCCGAUAACCAACUUGUCUCGGGGCAGUUUUGAAUGCGAGCAUUGACGAUAUUUUUCUAUGAAUUUACGAGUACCCGAUAUUACCUGAACCAACAAAGACGCGGUUGUACGGCUUGAAGUUAAGUCGCCGAGUAGUUAAUGCAGCUGCCAUAGCAGACUCGCGGACAGAGUCGACUCGUUCGGCUCUCGUUGAACUCGCUGGAUUUUCGCAGUUUACAGUAUAUUCGCUUGAAAACGUGGGACGGGGUUUCCAGAGCGGGGCCUUAUAUGAAAGUGAAAGAAUUUUCUAGUAACGAGCAAUUUUUCGUGAAAAAUUUUGAUCCUACCAAUUGUGGAGUAUAACGCUUGACAGGAGGAGGAGACACUUGUACCUGGUUAUAGCUUAUCGCUAUUAGCUGUUAACUUCGCCGCGACAUGUAACAAAGAACAAUAAAGACGCUCAUCGAUAGUAAUCGCGGUUGAGGAAAGCGCAUUCGAAAUGCGAGCAAAUGGAUAUUUAUGGGAGACAGACUUAUUUUUCUAUGGAAACACUGCGAGCCUAUGUGAGUGACAUGGAUUUGUCCACUCGUGCGAACAAUCUAGAGUUAUCGUCAAUUUUUGAUUAUCGAUGUUGAUCCUGGAAUAAAACCGUGACCGGCGUUCAGCAACGGCAUGUACGACCGAUACGUCGUAGUUGCGUAGUUCCAGAGUGCAGAAAGAUAGUACGCUCCGUUUAAUCCGCUGCAAUAGAUAUCGUCUCGCCGAUAACGAUAAAGAGACCGUGAAUUUAUUCCAGGAUUAAACGAACGAUGAUCGAAACGUAGAGCAAGAAACGGUAGAGCUUAAAGAUUUCCGAGGUAUCCUAGAUCGUGUUUCGUCUUGAUCGCGCGAAAGAGGAUCGCUGCUCGCUUUGGAAAACGUUAUUGAGAAACGGAAUAUGUGCUACGGGCGAGUUGCGGAUUUCGCAAACCGAAACCUUGGGAAAACAUAGAUUGGCAACGACGACGUCGUCUCGUUGUAUCAAUUCGAGAUACGAUCUAUUGCGCUCGUUGGGUAACAUGCGAGAUCACCGACGGACCAGUUCAACGAACAAUAAUGUAGCACUGUGUACAGUUCCUUUCAGCAAGGGAGAAGAAGUAACUAAACAACUAAAUGCCCUCCGAUUUAUUUUUUUCCUCUCGGUACAUCAUCAUAUGUCAAAUAAGAUUAUCAAUUCGGAGGGAGUUAAUUCGCGAGAAUAUAUAAACUACAUUUACACGAGCAUAAACGGAGAUGUCCUGUGUAUGUGUAUACAAUGUAUGUAUAUGUAUAUGUAUAGAGAUAUUUGCACAAACCCGACUGUGUCGAAUCGGAGUAAUGUGCGAGUUGUGGCUCUCCACUUUGUAAAGCGGCUGGAAAAAAAGAAGUGAAACGAAUCCUUGUUCACGAUUCUUCUACAUUACGUGUGACAUUCCGUUUCUCUUUUUUUCUCUGCGACCAGCUAAUCGAAUCGAAUAUUAGGCAAUCUAUAUUAAUUGCAUGCGCACAUACAUAUGUAUAUACAAGUGUAAACACGUGCGCGAAGCUGAGCUGAGCUAAAGUCAGCGCACGCUUGUUACAUCCAUUAAGUGAGCUAAUUAGCGGACUUAAGGUAAGCCUAGCGCGCGGCGUGGAGGCGGGGACCAUAUUUUUGCUCUUCCAUUCUAUUUUAUUAACUUCUUCUUUAAUCAUAUUUUAAGCCUCUUUCGACCCUUCUUCCAAACCCUCACUCGCUAGCCAUCUCUCCUAGAUUAUUCGCCUAGGUUACUCGACCGAUCAAUCUGUAUUUCUCGGAUACCGCUCUAGUUGAGUUUCGCCUU